GAUAAAUGUAUGCCCAUUGCAACAGGAUUAGUGCGGUUGUUUUGAUUUUGUUUUAAAAAGUGAAGUAAUGAUAAAUAUUGAAUCUUAGUGACAAUAUGGGUAUGCCAGAUGAGAUGGAUGGACCUGUUAGCAAGAGACCUCGGUUAAGCCUACGCACCUCUCGUAAGCCAGGAUUUUCAGGAAAUAUUGCUGGUGAUAACCCUGCUGAUGUAAUUCAGAUCAAGUCAGAGGAUACACCUUCAUUCUUCCCACCUAAAACCUUAGGAUCACAUAGUGAGAGUGUAAGCCUUACACCUAACCUUCCAUCAUCAGCUGAUCCAUUGGUGCCACCAGUUGCAUCUCUCUACAACCUUGGAAAUACUUGUUUUCUGAACUGUAUGCUGGAAGUGUUGCGCUAUACACCAGGUUUUCUCGGAGGUGUUAAACAUCUACAACAGGAAAUUGUUUUGGGAGAGAAAAAGGAAGAAGAGAAAUUAGAUGAGAUAACUCAGACAUGUAGUGCUGAUGCACAGCUUGUUUGGGCAGUGGUUAAGAAUACUCAUAAAAUGUAUGAAGAAAUGGAGACGAAGGAAAUGUUGUAUAAGGAAAUGGCUACAUCUGAUGCCUCAAGCAUGGCUAUCAAACCCAACCCUCUGUUGGACAACAUCAGGGAAUUGAAUCCGAUGUUUGAAGGCCAUUUCCAGCAUGAUGCUCAAGAGCUGUUACGAUGUUUGCUAUGCUAUAUUGAAGAUGCAGAGAAAGAGUUAAAUAAACUCAAGCUUAAAGAGACAGAGAAGAUUACAGAUGGGGCGGAAAAAGAUGUUGAGGAUGCUAGUUUGAUCAGUUAUGAUGAUGAAUCUGCUGAUAAAACUUCAGCGCCAGAGACUCCUGUGAAAGCAAAUUUACAGCAGAAUGAGAACACGUUGAAAGGUGGCGACCCUCUUUGCUGCAGCAAGGGUAAACCAGUCAAACGAGCCAGAGGUCGGCCAAGGAAAGCUUUAUCUGCGAUAGAGGUUACCCAACAACAUGCACCACAUCAGCAGAGGGUCAGCACAUCGGUUAGUGCAUGUGAGACUAGUCGUGUAGGAGACGAUGGGCCAGAACCUAUGGUCUGUGUAAACUCCAGGGGCAGUAAAAGAAAAUCAAGCAACAGUAGUCUUCAUAAAGUGGUGGAAAAAGAUCCUCAGCAGUCUUCCAUGUCUAUGUUUUUAAAGACUCCAGUAGCUGGGGGUUGUGUGGAUAGUACCCGGGAUACAAGUGAAACGGAUAUUUCUGAAAGUAAAAAGAAAUGUGUAGGUGAGAAAAAAACAGGCGGAGCAAGGUUUCUGUUCAGAAAACUUCAACAAAAAUUAUCUCUAGGCUCAAACUCUGAUUCCUCUAUGAGUGGAAUCUUAUCCAUGUUUCCUCUCCAACAAAUUAAACGGCUAGGAAUGAGAGGAAGGGUGGUGGGUGACCCUUUGAAGCAAGAGUCGACCUCGGUCAGCCAUGGAACUGCUGGUCACAGUAAAUCAGUCCAUGGUGAAGUUUUAGGAAGCGAUAAAGCUAGUGAUGACAAUAAUAACGCGCCAGUGUCCAAGGCUACACACUAUACCCCAGGCUGUGCUUUCAAUGUUGGUUGUCAUGGAGACAACCUGCCAAAAUAUUUAACUUCAUCAACUAUUACUGACAAGUCUUCACCAAGAAAAAACUCCCCAGUGGCAAGCUGUGAUGAUAUCUCUGCUCUAAAUGAGAAAGAUGUUCACAGAAGUAUGUCAUCUUAUGAUCUUGGCACAAGAAAGACUUCUCUGUCUUCAUCACCGUCUACAAUGUGUACUGAUCAUUCACCUGGAAACUGUGAUGAAAUAUCUAUUCUCUCUGACAAAGAUAGUCUCGGAACGUCAUCAUCUUAUGAUCUCGGAAUGAGAAAAAUGCACCCUUCUCGCUCACCCUCAAUACUGUACCCAGAAAUUCCACCAGCAGAUGCCAAUCCAACCAACUCCAGCUCCAAGAAGGAAGUUGAAAUAACUGUUCAUUCUCCUUCCAAAUGUAAGUCUCCAACUAGGACCAGAUUAGGCAGAAAUCUGGAGGGAAGUUUCGAGCAUUCACACAAACACCAGGAAGAGACACCUGUUCAUGGUCGAGUCACAAGCUGUGGUUCCAGGAGUUGUCCUCUGUCUGAAAGAAAUACCCCAGCGCCGAAUUCCCCUGCCCACUUGCAACAUUCCCAUUCAUCCCACAAACACUUGAACCACCCAAAUUGCUGUGAAGCUUUGAGUCCCAACUCCCCCAGGGAACUUGAAGUCCAGUUAAAAAAUUGUGACUGCCUGGGUGUCAGCCCUGUUAGGUCAGUCAGUGCCAAACAUGCUGUAUCUGUGUUAAACUCAGACGACCCUGUGCCGUCUUUGAAGACUUCCACAGCCAGAAGAGCCAUUCUGUGGGGCCAUCCGGAAUCACCAGAUGCGUCACGUGAUAAGUCAGAACGUAAACAAAAGCCAAGUCCGACUGGGGGUAAACAACUAAAUGAGCAGACACCUCGAGUCUCAACGAGAAGGUCACCCAGCACUUCUCCAGGAUCAGCUACAAGAGUUGAUCACAUGACCAGGAGGACUCCCUCACGCUCUCCGCCAACCCCUAGAAGUCCAAGAACUCCAGAUGUCUCCCACUUUACACAGACGGUCUCCCUCAGACCUUUGUCCGUAUCCCUGGACAAUUGUGAUUGGUUACUGGCUGCUAGAGGGCAGACAGUCAGCGCUAGUAAAGUCCUUCUAAGCAUGAAGAAAAACAAAAACUCUAAAUUACAAUUCAAUUAUAACCUGAAGCUGUCAACAGAUAUUUUUAAUCUUAAUGCAUCAGAUUUACUUUUUCUCUUCAUGGGAGCAGAGGGUUAUGUCCACGGAAAUACCUUGGUAGAACACCUGUUUGGGGGAACAAUGAUGCACCGCACUAAGUGUCUGGAGUGUGAAACAGCCAGGGAGAGGCAGGAAGUUUUUAUGGACAUCAGCGUGCCUGUGAGAAGCCUCCAUCCCCUGGACGUAGACAGUGAUAGUGAUGAGCCCAUGGAAGACCCAAGAGAUUCUUGCUUGUCUAAGUUGGUGGAAGCCUUCUCUAACACAGAGAGGCUGAAAGACAACAACAAAUAUUUCUGCGAGGUGUGCAGCCACUAUGUGGAGGCUGAACGUUCAUGUCACUACACCACCCUACCCUUGGUUCUGACAUUACACUUGAAGAGAUUUGGAGCUAACUCUGGUUCACUUGGAGGGUUAUCAAAGUUGAAUGACAAGGUGACCAUCCCCCAAAGUUUACCUUGCUUGAGGUACCAGUGUAAAAACUGUACAGACCAAAGCCACAGAUACUCACUCUAUGCUAUAGUCACUCACUCUGGAAUGAGCAUACUACAUGGACACUACAGGGCCUACGUCAAAGUCCAGCCUCAGGUCAAUAGGAAAGUUUUUGCUCAGCUUGCCAAGACAAGACCCAACUCGGAAUGUGGUGGUGGAGAAGAUAGUGCGGCUGAAGAGAAACCACCUUCACUUUAUGAAACCUUUAAGGUUGAAUGUCGACACGACCUGAAGCAAGGUCAAAGCAAAUUAGCUGCAUCUUACCUGAAGAUAGGGGUAAAAGAAAGUCCAGGUGCUGGUCAGGCGAAGUUAUCUUCCUUAGAUGUGAAGGAGGAGUUGUCCUUCAUGGAGAGUGGAGAGGAGGAAGGGUGUUAUUGGCUAGAGUGUGAUGAUGAGUACAUCAAGGUGAUGGACGAGGUAGAGUUUGUGGAGAAGUUGGAGGAGAGGGAUGGGGCACUCAUGGGGACACCCUACAUCUUGUUUUAUCACAAGCUUGUAAACUGAUCAACUGUGUUUUGUGGUGACGGUUGAGGCUGACUGUUGGGAAGGAAUUAGAGGCUCUGCAUUGUGGUUGGGGAUGCCCUACAUCUUGUUUUAUCACAAGCUUGUAAAUUGAUCAACUGUGUUUUGUGGUGAUGGUUGAGGCUGAUUGUUGGGAAGGAAUUUAGAGGCUCUGCAUUGUGGUUGGGGAUGCCCUACUUGUUGUUUUAUCAUAAACUUUUCAAUAGUUGAGUGUUGUGUACUAGUGAUGUUUGUCCUGAAGUAGGUCAUGAGAAAAAAAAUGGCAUGCUCUUUGACCAAUUUUGUUCCAUAUCCGGUUACUGUUUUUUGUUAACCUGUGAUGAGCACAAGUUUGCACUUCCCUCCCUUACUUGGGCGCCCAUGUUUUAGUGGAGUUGCUUCCCUUUAUUUGGGGUGCA